UUAUUAUUAUUCCAGCUAUUUGGUUAUUUGUUCACUUUUUGUUUUUUCAUUCCUUUUCUUUUCGUAUGCCUUCUGUAUCGCUGGACACAUGCGUUUUACUGUCAAUUCAUAAUAAAAUUAUCUUUACAUUUCCACAAUUUGAAAAGUUUGAAGCACAAUGGGCAAAGGUAAGAAAGCAUUUAUCGAUCGAAAAAAUGCUGUGACGUUUCAUUUGGUACACAGAAGUCAACAUGACCCUCUGGUAGCCGAUGAUACUGCGCCUCAACGUGUUCUGGUGGAAGCGACCCCUCAGAACCAAACUAAAACAGCAGAUCCCGUAAACACUGUUAAACGCCGUGAAGAACAGCAGAAGUUUGGUAUCUUCUUUGACGAUGAUUAUGAUUAUCUUCAGCAUUUAAAAAAGCCAGAGCAGGAAGUAGUUUGGGAGUAUGUUGAAAAUCCAAAUCAUGCACGUAAGAGAAUUGAAGAAGGCGCAGUAACUACAGCUCCUAAAUUGGCAUUGCCGAGUUCAGUAUUCGCUUCUGAAUUUGAAGAGGAUGAAGGUAUGUUAAACAGAGCAGCGACCGUUUCUGGACCACGACCGGAUUGGGAUCCAGAUGUAGUUGCAGCGUUAGAUGAAGAUUUCGAUUUUGAUAAUGAAGAUAACAUGUUGGAUGAUGAUUUUGUUGUCAAGGCAAUGGCAGAAGGCGAAGAUGACGAUGAAGAUGGUGAAUAUGAGGAAGGUGAUAGUGAUGAAGAGUCAUCUAAUAUGGAGGAAGAUGAUGACCGAGAUUUUGAUUCUGACGAUUUAAAUGAGAGUGAAGAAGAUGAUGAGGAAUUAAUGGAUCGUCUUGGACCACUAUUGCGUGAACGUCGUUUUAAUGAUGAGGAAACAAAAUCUCGAUUCACAGAAUAUUCUAUGUCCUCAAGUGUCAUUAGGCGCAACGAACAAUUGUCAUUGUUAGAUGAUCGAUUCGAGCACUUUUACGCAACAUAUGAUGAUCCAGAAUUGGGUGAUCUCGCUUGUGAAGAAAUUGAGGGCGAUUGGGAUCAGAAGCAUCGGGUUUUGAUGAAAUGUUACAGAGAACAAAAAUAUGGCAAAAAAGUUGAACCAUACAAAAAGGAAUGGGACCGUGAACGGGUUGGAAAAUAUCGGAAUAUAGUUGAGGGUGAACAAGAUCCCAAUGAGGAAUUAGUUGAAUUGGAAAUGAAUGACGAUAAAGAGAAGAAAUGGGAUUGUGAAUCUGUGCUCUCGACUUAUUCCAAUAUAUAUAAUCACCCGAAACUCAUUGCAGAGCCCACACGCAGAAGUCGUAGGAGUAGUAAGGCUGAAUCAAAUGAUGGGCCAGUUAAAAUUGAAAUAGAUCCGAAAACGGGAAUGCCAACAAAUGUUUUAAGAAAUGGUGAUAAUAGCCAACUUACUGAGAAAGCUUUAGCAAAACUGGAAAACGGUGCGAUUUCGUCGAGCGGUCCAAAGUCACUAUGCAAUAAGUCGCUGAUAUCCACAUUAAGUGUUUUAUCUAUACGACCCAAAGAUGAAACUCCCGAGGAAAAGCGGGAACGUAAACGACUAUUGAAAGAGUAUCGGCUGGAACGACGGAUCGAAAGGAAGGCAAAUGCUGAGGCUUUUAAAGAAGAAAAGAAACGGCAAACGCACGUUAAAAUGAAUCAGAAGUCUAAUCAGCAAGGAAACAAAAUUAUAUAAUUUAUAAAUAAAAAUGCUAUUAACUAUUGCAUAAAAAUAUAAAAAUUUAUUUUAAUAAAAGAUGCGGAUAAUAUCCUUUAAAUAUAUAA